AUGAAUUCGAAAGCAGCAGCAACAGGAUGGGGAGCAGCCAUUUCUGGAUCAUUCUUCCCCAUGCAGUGCUACUGCUUAGAGACCCAAGCUCCACGCAAACCGUAUACUAAGGGUAAUCUCGCAGACCGCGUGAAAAGAAGACGCUUGCAGUUCCGAACCAGUGCUAGAAGAUCUUCCAAGGAGUUCAAUGAUCAAACAUGUACUGGUGACGACGUGAUUGGAUGUGCAUAUCUGGGUUUGCUGGCGCAUGACAAAUCUGAAAUCGAGCAAUGGAAAAACACUGUCGAACAUAUGGGAAAAGAAUACAAAGGCACACAUCAUUUGAAACCACCCCAUUCUGCACCACCAGUACACGUAGCAGAAACUGGAGAUAACGCUGAGGAUGAUGACUAA